AUGUUGAUUAGAAGUUCAGAUUCUUGUAUAAACCUUUGAAGAUGACGGUUUUGAUGAUGAUGAUAAUGAUUAUGCUGAUGACAACAGAGUAAGGUGGACUCCGAACCAAGUAAACAAAAUUAUUGUGGACGACUCAUUUAAAUAAGAGAGAAAGCAAAAGGAAAGCCCUUUUAAUAAUCAAAUUCGAAUGCAGUGUAGAAGUUUCGCUCGAGUUCGCGCUGCAUCUAUGAGACCAUGAAACCGCGCGCAUUUCAUGUGCCAGCACAGCUAUGGAGCUACGAUUCAAUACAAAGCGCAUGCGUCAUAAAAAUGCUGAAGACGUUGAAGCCUCAGCAAGUCAGCAGCUCUUGCUGGACCUGUAGACUCGUUCAUUGCGACUUCAGCUUUGUGAUUGUAAACCAAGGUGACAAGUGCGUUUCUACAAAUCUCAACUUUGUUCUGCAAACUUUUCAACUUUCGUUCAACUUUCCGUGUGAAAUACCAUGGAAGGACUUGUGCUACGCAGUAGGGUGGUGCCUCGUAGGCCCCCCCACCCAUACGCACUACGCAAUAAUCGUGUAAGGCCGCAAGGAAUUCCCCAACUAGUCAUGGGCGUAGCCCUUAUGGCUUUUGGGCUAGCCCCCCAGGCGCCCCCCGCGCCACCCCGUCGUGGCAAAAGGAGGAGGAGAGAUGAAGAUGGCGAUGAAGAAAACGUGGAGCCUCCCCUUCGCCGAGCUCGCGUCCUCACUGACUGUGAGGUGACGAUCCUCAUAACUGCCAAUCCUCAGCGAUCACUCAUAAUUUAGGUAGGUUCCGAACCACACGAGGUGAGUGAUAGUGACUAGGGGCAACGCUAACAUGGGUGAUUGACAACGUUAACAUAGAUUCAUUGAUAAUCUUGACAUAGAGUAAUUGACAACGUUAACAUAGAGUAAUUUUGCACUUUAACAUGGAAUAAUUGACAGCAUUACCUUAAACACUUCUAACAUUAACAUAGAAUAUUUUACUGUACUCACUCACUCUUAUUUUCUGUGUAAAGUGUUGACACCAUAGAAUAUAUCAUCGAGUUUUCUGAUAGAAUGAAAAGGUAGUUGAUAUAUUUUCCAGCAUGUUUCAGUAAUUUACAGGAGAAAUGAAAUGAAAAUGAAAUGAAAAUACUCUUUAUUAGGCGGAGUUAGGACUAGAAAGUCCUUUCAACCUUAAAAAGGAGAACCAUACAGAGUGAUUCAUAUGUAUGGGAACCCUUCAAUAAGUUGGAGACUGUUGUAAAUAUAAAUCUGUAACUUUCAGGAUAAGUUAUUGGUCAAAUACUCUACCUUUUGAUGUACAACUAAAUUUCAACCCUUCAUAAGGGGGUGACUUGGGGGUUGUAUUUCGAAUAUUUUGAAUGUAAACACCGAUCGUGUGGUACAUCAUUUUAAAGACUUUUUAGAACAAGAAAUAUGGCAUUGAUAGAAAUUUUUUAUGAUACUUUUAUCCAGAAUGGUGGCUGAUUGAAGUUUCAGUUUUCAAAGAAAUAAUUGAUAAAGUUCAAUCAGCCCCCAUUUUUAUAGAAGUAUAAUACAACAUUUUCAUUGAUGUCAUAUUUCAUGUUUUAGAAAGGCCUUCAAAAUGAUGUACCACACAAUGGGUGUUAAUAUUCAAAAUAUUUGAGUUACAACCCCUCAUUUCCUUAGAAACUAAAACUUUAAUCAGCCUCCAUUUUUUAUAAAAGUAUAAUACAACAUUUUUAUUGAUGUCAUAUUUCAUGUUUUAGAAAGACCUUAAAAAUGAUGUACCACACAAUGGGUGUUUACAUUUAAAAUAAUCGAGUUACAACCCCUAAUUCAACCUCUUAAGAGGGGUUGAAAUCCAGUUAUACGUCAAAAGGUGGAGUAUUUGACCAAUAACCUAUCCUAAAAGUUACAGUAUAUUAUCUACAACAGUCUUCAAUUUAAUGGAGAGUUCCCAUACAUAUGACUCACCCUG